CGUCAGUUGACGCGACGCAUACGUGAGUGGUCAGUUCGUGGCUGGUCGGUUUCCGCUCGUACUCUCUUCACUCGUCCGUACACAUUUCUCAAGGAGCAGCUUCUAGAAGAGUGACGCAGUCCCAGCCGCUGGACAGCGACGAUGAAGGCUCCCCAGCCGACUCCGGGCUCGCGGCGCCCCGAUCGCCGCUGAAGUCUGCGCUCUCGCAUCACCGACAUGGCGAGUGUCGACACGACGGCGUCACCGGCGGUCGCGCCGCCGCCGGCGCUGGCGGACGUCCCCUUCAUCGACGCUCUCAGCGAAAGUGCGGCCAACGAGAGUGACGGCAGCGACCCGGCCGGUACCGGCGCCGCACCACCGCCCCCAGAUGCGGAGCGGUGUGAGUCGCGGGACUCGCCGGACCGAGACCAGGGCACGCCGGCGGCGCGGCCGCCCCUCAAGUCAGCGCUGCGCAAGGGGACGGCCCGCCGACGUCUCCAGGUGGUGAUCAACGAGUCGCGCAACACCUACUGCGAGGCGGCGGUGGAGCGGGAGGAGGCGGGCCCGGCGCCGCUGCUGGUGCGCGCGCUCAGCCUGCACCUGCCCGAGGUGCUCACCUGCCAGACUGCCGGCGCAGACGCCUUCGAUCGGAUAGUGGCCGAGGGCGGGGAGCAGCUGCAGGAGACGCCCGUCGACGACUCCGAAGGUUCAGAAUGCAGCAUGGAGACGUUGGAGGAGCUGGCCGGGCCUGCACCGCUGGCACGACUCGACGACGACAUAACCCUGGAGACGCCGGCCGAGCCGCCCGCGAAAGAGCCGGAGGUCAGCAGCGUCACACCCUCCUCUGGCGACACGGCAGAGCCGGUGGACCCUCAGCCAUCUGAGCAGAGCGUAUCAGUCAGUCCGCAAGACGGGGCCGCUGGGGAAGAAACGCAGGAAUGUACGCAAAAGGCAGCAAACGAUGUCACCAACGAUAACAGUGAGAGUGCUGAGUCGGAGGUAGUGUGUGAUUUGAAAGAACGUUCGCCGAGCCCGGUGGAAAUACGGCCAGGGCAGCAGGAGCCCGCCGCCAAUGAGUGCUCCGACGCCCGCUCGCCGUCGCCGGAGGCGUGCAGCGCCCAGCCCCCGCGAGCCCCCGACUGGCGCAACCUGCCGGACCUGGUGUCGGACGGAGCGCGCGCGGCGGCCGCCGACCAGCCGCCGUCGCCGCCGGCCGGCUCCGUGCUCACCAUCGCCAACGUGCAGCAGCACGACCGGGUGAUGGAGAUCGCCGACAGCCGGGCGCACGGCGUGCUCGGCGGCAUCCUGAAGGGCGGACGGCUGUGGGCCGGCGGGCGCGGCGCCGAAUCCGACGACAGUGGCGACAGUCAGCCGCGCCGCGGCCGCGGCCGCUCGGUGCGGUUUGAGGGUCGCGCGCCCCCGGAGCCGGCCCCUCGUCACCUGCCGCCGCCGCCGCCGCCGCCCGCUCCCGAAAGUGACGGCGAGUCGAGCCUGUCCUCGCUGGAGACGGUGGUCGCCCGCAGCGGCGCGCGGCCAUCGCCACAGCUCGAGACCGAGCUUACCGGCGAGCAGCGCGCCCUGGCGCAGCUCACGCUGGGCUCACCGCUCGGCCGAACCAGUGCGGACGUGGCUCGUGCCAUCGAGCAGAACUCUCUGCGCCGCAGUCUAGUGCACGCCGGCGAAAAGAGGUCCGGUGAGGUGGCCGGCGGGUCGGCGGAGAUGACAGCUAAUCCUCACGCCGGCGCUUCCGUUGCGCCGCCAGGUCGGCAGUCGUUCGAUGGCGACCUUGAUAAGGCUCCGUUGUCAGUGAAAGGUUACGGGCGACAGUCAUCCUUCCGGGAUUUCCUGUUUCCGUCUCUGGAUAUCGAAGUGCCGCGUGAUGUCCGUGAGUGGAAAAUUAGUGAGACGCUGUUUCCUCCUCCAACGCCCCCUCCAGUUAUUUCGCCCCAAUCAGUCACAGAGCCUGUCCCGGAACCUUCACCGCUUCCUGUGCCUGUUCCAGGACCUCAGUCAGCCCCAGUUCCUGUAUCAGCGCCUCCGUCACAUCCUGUUCCUGUCUCAGCCCCUCCACCAGUCCCAGCUUCUGUGCCAGCGCCUUUCCUAACGACUGUCCCGGCCUCAGUACCUCACGCCGCUCCUGGUAAUAUUCCAUCACCCUCCUGGGCACCGGCCAUGCCGUCAGUACCUCCACUCUUCCCCUCUUCUGUCGCACCACCGUCUGCAGCCCCACCUCCGGUGCCAGCGCCCCGGGCUUUGGAAAUAGAGCCGGAGCGACAGCGGCCUAUCCACGGGCUGAGCAGUGCGCCGUCCAGCCAGCAGCCUGGUAGUGCGGCGGCAGCUCCCCGACAGCAGCAGUCGGGGGCCGUCGGUUCACGGACGCGCCAGUCGCCACGGCAGCCCGGUCGCUCUCCGGGGGCCGUGGCGGACGCCAGGAUACUUCAUGCUGCUCAGCAGCUCUUCAGGGAAAGUGCACAACAAGAAGGCCAGCCGUCACAGCCGCAAGCAGCACAUACUCAUCAACUUCAGCAUUCCUUUCAGCAAGCUCGACAUACAUUCCAGCAAGCAUCUUAUCAGCCUCCUCCGCAGACCUAUCAUCAGAUCCCUCAGCAGACUCCUCAGCGGACUAUCCAACACCGGUUCCAGGAGACUUAUGGGCAAACCUCACCUCACAGCUUUCAACAGACCCCUCAAACCUAUCAAGAAAAUCCUCAGAACAUGCUUCAGAGGACUUAUGAGAAUACCCCACCGCACAACUACCGCCACACCUCGCAGGAGACUUAUAGGCACACGUAUCAGCAGUCCCACCAACAGACCCCUCAGCAGUAUUUGCAAGCUGCGCACCACGGCCUCCCUGAGGGUAGGGAGCAGUCGGCGGCGCGGGGCCCCGCUGCAGCCCGUCCGACGGUGGCCGCGCCGCCGAGCCGCUGGAGCACCCCGGAGGUGGUCGGCUGGGACCGCGCCUCGCCGCAGACCGGCGCCGGAGCGCGCCACUCGGCGGCCUCCUCCGCCGACUCCAAGGACUCGCUGGGCUCGCAGCGGUCGCGCGACUCGCGCAGCUCGUACUCCCUGGACGAUAUUGACGACGUCCUGUCCGAGCCGACGCCGGCCGUCCCGCCCGCGGCCGGCUCCGGCGACAGUGGCUACGGGUCGACGGACGGCCGCGCCGGCGCCGAGACCGACGAGCUGGCGGCGUUCGCCGAGCGCGAGUCGGCGCGCACCGAGCGGCUGCGCCGGCGGUACGUCUCUCCGGGUGGCGAGCCGGGCGCGCGGCAGCCGGCGGUGCGCCGGGUCAGGUCGGGCUCUGAGCGCACCGGCUGGACGCCGGUGGCGGACGGCUUCGGGCAGCCAGCGCCGCGCGGGACUCGGCCGGCGGUGGAGACGAUGUCGCACGGCUACGUGUACCCGGAGUACGUGCCGGCGCGCGUGCCGCCUCUGCCGCCGCGGCAGGGCCAGGUCCGACCGUCGCCGGCGGGCUGGCCGCCGUCGGUCGGUCAGCGGGCUGACUGGGGUGGCGGCCCGCCCUGGGCCGAGCAGCACGGCCAGUGGCUGCCGGGCCGGACCCACAGCGGCCACCUGGUGCACCCCGGCCUCGGCGCGGGCCCCAGGGACGAUCGGCUGCGCCGGUCCGCACACUACUAGGCCGCCGACCGGCGCCCACCCAUGUGCCAGAGUCGGAACAGCGCUGCCGACGGCGGCACUGUGAUUGGCAGCUGGCACCGUGAGUGCUACCCACUCGAUAUAGUUAUUAAUAUUAUCCUACACUCCAGAUUGCUUUAUCGAGCUGCGUUUUGCUGGCUGUGGUUUGCGCCCCUGUGUGUUGUGAAGGGUUCAUCCGUCCAGCAGACUCGCUAUGCCGUUCCAUGUGCUCAAUCACUGUAAUUAUAUUGGUGACAAUAUUGGCAAAGUAUCUAUUUUAUGUCGAUUGUAUUCCGCGUCUAUUUGUACUGUUGAGAUGUUCGUGUUGACUGUUGCGCCACAAGAUGCACAUUGCUGGCUCAUUUAUACCGUACUGUACCAAAUAGCUUAUCAGGUAUCGACAGUAAAGUACAAAUGAAUGGCGAGAUCAGAGGCGUCGCCGGUCGGCGGCGCAGUUCCCUCGGAGAGAUAUUAUCCGACGCCAAUGAAAUUAUCCGCCCAGAAUGGUUGUCUGUGUGUGCUUGCAGGGUCUACGAUCGCACUUGUCUGCGGUUACACCGAUCGAGAGUACUAUUUUGUAGUAGGAUUGUAGGAUUCUGAGCAGUGUGCCAUGGAAACAGUUGCGCUGUUUUUCCGUUACCGCAACGAAUGGCGUGGUUCUUUCGUUGCACAUGCCGUAUUGCCUGGAUGCAAGAUGGGAACAUUUUUGGCAAUAUACCUGUGUGUUUGUACUUGUA